AUGGGUUCUCCGAGUAAACUCGCCAUUUUGUUCCUAGUAUUAUUCCUAGUCGAUCAUGCGUCGGUCGCGCAGUUUGUACGUGGGCGAAGAGAUGUUCGGCGAGAGAGCAAGAACGCGGCGAAGACGAUCGAGACAGAAGAUGGGGAUGUGAUUGACUGUGUUGACAUAGAGAAACAGCCUGCUUUGGAUCAUCCCCUUCUCAAGGGUCACAAGAUACAGAUGAAGCCCAGUCCAAUGCCUGAGAUGAUCAAGACCAAGGAUGAUAGGAGCAGACAAGUGAAGAUUGAGCUAAAGAGCGUGAAUUGUCCACGGGGAACGGUUCCGAUCUUGAGGACUAAUAUCACAACUAAACCCACCCCGCCGGUUAACUCUAGGGGUUACGGGUUCGGAUUCAGAUCAUCUCGAGUAGAGGUUGAAGAUGCUUAUGCUACAACAAUGGACACGAGUGGUGGUUACACAGGCAUAUUGGGGUGGGUGAAUGUGUGGAACCCUAAGGUUGAGAUCCCUGACGAGGCGACUGGAGGUUACAUUUGGGCUCAAACGGGUCUUUCUGGUGACAAAAACCUCAAUGUUGCUGGGGCUGGAUGGACGGUGAACCCGACCGUGUUCGGCGACAAUAGUACGCGGUUUGUAAUAUUCUGGACGAGAGACAACUUCAUCAAAACAGGCUGCUUCAAUCAUAUCUGUCCUGGGUUUGUGCAAAUGAGCCAACACCAGUACUUAGGAGGUGUCAUAAGCCCUAUCUCCGUAUACGGCGAUCCCCUUAAACAGUACCAUAUCCCACUCCUGAUUUUACAGGACAGCGGGACGAAGAACUGGUGGUUAGUGUUCCAGGGCGAGGCGUUUGGGUACUGGCCGAGUGACAUCUUCACGGAGCUAUCGGCGGGAGCUGAGAGCCUGUCGUGGGGCGGCAAGGUCUUGCGGAGCAGGAGCCAAAGCCAAGAUCACCAACGGAAUGCUUCGGAGCCCGAGAUGGGAAGCGGGCACUGGCCGGAGGAAGGCUUCUCGAGAGCAUGUUACAUUGACGGCAUCGGUGUGGUGAACAAGUCAUCGGAGAAAUCAGAGCCAAAGUCUCUCACCUUCAUGACCACCUCGAGGGAGCGCUAUGACGUGAGGGUUGGGACCUGGGAGGGUGCUCAGGGAUCGUCCCUCUUCUUUGGAGGUAGUUGA